AGCAAAGUUUCGCGUCCGCGCUUCUGCUUUCUCGCGCAUUUUGCACGCGUCGUCGUCUGGCUUCUCUCUGCGUGCGUGCGUGUCGCCGUCGUCGGCAUCAGCGUCAUCUGCUCGUCAUCCGUUCUUUGUUCGUCUCUCACGCCGGCGUAUCGGCCAGCAAACAGUGUAGUGCUAAUGUAGUGUUUAAUAGAGAGGUAUCGUUUCACCAGCCGCACACCAGGCCUGAGUGUGACACAGGUGGCAAUGGGCACCGGCGACGUUGUUGUGUCACGUGUUACAGCAUAUGAAACAUUGCUUCCGCUGGUGGACUGAUUGGUGGUCGCGGCCACUACACUCCUCCCAUUAUCAACCGGCGGCGUGACACACGGUGCUGAUGUUCCUUAAGUGUUAAGUCGGCGCGCGUAACUGGCUCACUCAAAGUCGAAUGGAUUUAGUGUGGUGUGUGCUGUGUUCGGUCGCUCGCUGCGCUGCCCUGACAAGUAACCCAUCAGCGAGGAAGUGAUCCGUUUCGUCCCUGUUUUAUUGCGAUACCGCGAUACGGUACGGAAAAUCCUUACACCCUCCUCCAAGCCACCACAAACCGCCGUCAAGAUGAUGCAGCGUCGUGGCGGGCUAGCACCGGCUGCAGUUUUAUCGCAACAGCAGCCGCAGCAGCCUCAGCAGCAGCAGCAGCAGCAGCAACCACAUCAUCCACCGCCAAGAAGCGAACCAGCCACCACAGUUGCGGCAUCGCAAAGCAAAGACAAUGCCGUUUCCUCCCGGCACGGUGGACAGCAUUUGAAGAAAUCAUCAUCUUCCUCCGAUACCGGUGGGGGCAGUAACGCGGGCAGCAACGCCGCUACCGGUGCAAGCGGUGGAUCGGCGUCCGUCGGUGGGCCCGGAUCCGGUGGCAGCAGUAGCAAACGAACGCACGGCACGGGCAGCAGCACGAUGGGCAACACCCACCAGGACACGGAUCAUCAUCCGGGCGACAAUGGUACCGUUGCCGGCGGUCUGAGCAGUUCCGGCACUUCUACCUCGAGCAAGGAUAAAGACGAGGACGAUAUUUACGAGUUUAAAUCCACGCCGAAAGAUUCUAGCUCGAGCUCGAGCGACGAAAAGGAAAGUGGUGGCGGUACGUCCAACAAGAAGGGACCAUCAUCGGCGGGGGAAAAAUCGGCUGGCGAGAAUGAUAAGCAAUCGGCGGGCUCGUCGCACCAUGACAAUGAAUCACAACAGGACCACGGACGCGAUGGAUCGUCUGGCGCGUCUGGACCGUCCCGGGACGAUUCGCAAGCGCAACGCUCGACACUGCAACAAUCCGGAUCGGAUGCAGGUGAAAAGCAGGCGCAAAAGGACGGACAAUCGAACGGGACAUCCGCCGGCUCGUCGUCAUCGUCCGCGGUUGCUUCCGGUGCUGGCGCGAUCGGGUCGUCCGAUCAUGGAGCGGGUGCCGCUGCUGGUUCCGCCAGCGGUGGCAAUACAACCGGUGGUAACGGUACGGGUGCCGAGCGUUCCAGUGCUACCGUUGGAUCAUCCGGCGGCUUAUCAACCACAACACCCUCUUCCUCGUCCUCCUCCUCCGGCGUUCCGAAGCGUCCCUUUGCUGAGCUAAACGAUGGGGCAGACGAAAGCUCUGGCGGAACUACGAACGAGGACGAAACGAAGCGUAAGAAACGUAAGGAAAUCGAUCCGCUCGGCGGGCUGGGCGGUGUUGGUAGUGGUGCCGGCAAGGAUACCUCUUCCACGUCUUCCGCUUCUGGUGCUACGUCCGGCAGUGGAGGUGGAUCCGCUUCGUCCACUUCGUCGGGUAAAGCGAGCGGCGGCAGUAGUACGGGUGGAAAUCGGGGCUCAACACCCCGCCAGGAGAAGGGCACAAAAUCGACCGGCGUACCAUCGGCCAAAACGCUCGGACUGUCCGGCAAGAGUGCGUUGGAUCGGAAAAGUCCUUGCGCUAGCCCGAAACCUUCGCAGGGUGGUGGUGUGGCUGGGUCGGGUGGCAGCAGUGCGAGCGGUGCAAAUGCAUCCUCAUCGUCCACCGGAGCUGGCGCUGGUAGCAGUGGUAGUAGUGGUGUGUCGUCCGCUGGAGCUUCUUCAGCGGCGGGAAAGGGUGGAUCAUCAGGUACGAGCAGCAGCAACGAUAGUGACGGCGAGAGUGGUAGCAAUGCCACGAUGGGGACGGAGGAUGGCGUCGGGGGGAAGAAUGGUGGGGAGGCUGGAUUUGGUGGCAGUUCCGGCGGGGGUCCGAAAGUUCCACCGCUGAAGAUUGUCAUCCCGCAGCAGAGUACAACCGGUGAUACGGAGGUCGGUGGGAAUACGAGGAAUGGAAAGAAUGCGUCAACGAGAAAUCAUGCCGCACUACCGUACGUGGUGGCGUCCUCCAAUAGCAACGAUUCCACGGCGGACAAGGAAAGCACCUCGUCGCGCAGUGCCAGCCCGGCCGACUCGAAAAGCUCGGACGAGAAAAACCCAUCGCAGGGCGGCAGCACCAAGGACGAACGCACCCAGCAACGUGUCCUGCGCAGCUCGCACCGCGGUGGCAACGGUGGCAAUAGCAACAGCUCCACCAAGGAUGGCAACACGUCCGGCGUCGACCGUUCGAACAAUUCCUCGCCCCAGAUGCAGCAGCAGGGCAACAGUGGUUCACCCUCGCCGCUGUCCAACGCCAGUGGAUGUGAUACGGCGGAAAGGGGCAUCGGUGGAACGGCCGGCACGAACGCAGCGGAUGGCGGUCGAUCCGGUUCGACACAAACAAACAGUCCCGGGAGCGGUAGUGGGUCUGCAGCAGGAGCUGUGGGAGAUGGUGAUAACGGAACGGUGGCUGGUAGUGGGGGUGCCUCUGGGCCGGGUUCGAAUGGUAACCCGAAAAGUCCUUCCGGUGGUGUGAGUGGAGCAACUGGCGGAGGAGGAUCAACAGGAGGAGGUAGUGGUCCGAGUGGUUCAUUGACUGGAAGUUCCACCGGCGGUGGAUCGGGUGAUAAUAAUGGCGCUGGGACGGGAAGCACCACCGGUACAGCUAGCACCGGUGCCGGUGUCGGUCCCCCGUCCACUUCCGGCAACGGACCGAAUGCAUCCAAUGCCAACAGUUCCGGAUCUUCCGGCAAUGGGACACCAUCAACCGGUGGACAGUCGGCAACAACCGGCACCGGCAGUGGAUCAACACAAUCGCAAACCACUGGCACGGGUACGGCCCAAAGCACCAACUCAUCGUCCUCCACUUCCUCCUCCUCUUCCUCGUCCUCGUCAUCCUCCACAUCGGAAUCUUCCGUCCAUCCACGCAAGCGUAAGAUUAAAACGAGCAAAGAACAAUCUUCCACCUCGUCGUCGUCCUCUGCUUCGGCCGGUGCUGCCGGUGCGGCCGGAUCCGGUGCAGCCUCCGGCACGACGGCACCGUCCAGCGCCACUACUUCCUCGUCGGCAACGUCCGGCACCGGUGCGGCCGCAGCCGACGAGAAGAAGGAACCGCGCGAAGGAACGCCCGACGUUCAUCCGCACGAUCAACCGAUCACGAACUGUUACCAGAUGUAUCUGAACAUCCGCAAGCAGAUCGAGCGCCGUCAGAAGAGUCUGUUCCCGGUGCAACCGAAGCCGCCGCAAGGCUUCAAGGACUAUCUGAUGAACCGCUGCACGUACGCGCUGGCCGGUAAAACACCGACCGAGCCGAACGUCCAGGUGCCGGCCACACUGCCCGCCUCGCUCAAGGAAAUGUUCCAGGCGCAGGAGAAGGAACGGCACAAGCUCCGCAUGCAGCACAUCGUCGAGAAGGAGAAGCUUGUGCUGGCGGUCGAGCAGGAGAUACUGCGCGUGCACGGCCGUGCGGCACGGGCCCUCGCCAACCAAUCGCUCCCAUUCUCCGUCUGUACGAUCCUGAAGGAUGAAGAGGUGUACAACAUCAUAACGCCCGAGCAGGAGGAAAAGGACCGGAACGCCCGCAGCCGGUACAAUGGGCGGCUGUUUCUGAGCUGGCUGCAGGAUGUGGACGACAAGUGGGAAAAGAUCAAGGAAGCGAUGCUGUUGCGCCACCACAACGAGGCGGAAAGCUUGCACGCGGUCCAGAAGAUGGACUGGGAGUGGAAGAUGAAGGAGCAUUUGCUGUGCGAGUUUAAGGCGAAACCGAUCAUCGACGAUACGUACGUGCCGAUGGUGAACGUGAACGAUGACUUCGAUCUGCUACCGGCUUAGGCAGUUGUCUCGGGUGUAUGCCAUUGGGGUAUAUGCGAAGCGAGAAGAAAAGAAGGGUUGACCGCCACCGCCAACACAGAGAGACAUUAUUUUCUAACAAAUUCCAACUCGGAAUGAUUAGGGUUAGGUAAGCAGAUGAGUUGCUUUGAACAACGAUAGGGUACGGAAGACGCAGAAAGACGCAAACCGAAUGGACAAUGGAUUGUUGAUGUAAAUAUAAGUAGUUUUAAUCGGAUACAAAUAAAAGUAUUAACAUUUAGUA